AUGACCUUGCAUCUUCAAAAGUCUGGCCGUACUGGGCGUCUUGCCAAGGUUACAAUUGAUGACUGGGUAGCAUCAUGCUUUGGGGUGCGUGCAAUGAAAAGCGCUAGCGAGAUCAGCAGUCUGAGUUUGUCUGAUCUCAUCAUGGGAACUCAAUCCCAAUGGACUCAGCUGAAGGCACAGCCUGCUAUCCGCUUGACUGUUCAGGCAAAUUCGUCACUGACGCUAAUCGGCACUAUUCGACGGGAUUCCGGCUCGAAGGGCUGGACCGUUUGGUCCCUGAAACUGUAA